AUGUCUGAGGAGAUCAGGUGCCAAGAUGCCUCGCCUGCGUGCUUCGAUAGGACGCUGAAGAUGUGCACGGUCAUGGUCAUAGAUGAGAUGCUGGACCCUAGUCUAGACGUCGCUUACACUUCUCGCGUUGAUGCCAUCAUAAAACUCUUUUUGACUUUCAUAUACACCCAUUUGAACUUCGAGGACAAAAGCGAGCGCACCAAAGCCCGCGAGUCCCUGGCCAACAGAAAGAAUCUGUCGGUGCUCGAACCACAAGAGCCAGAGGAGCUUGAAGACCUCAAAGUGUCUUUGGUCAGCGUCAAUGACCUGACUCUCCGCAAUGAGGAACCUAAAGUUGUUGGCUGCGUUGUUGGGUGGCGCGAGGAUGAAGAACUUUACGCCCGGUGUCUCCAAAGCCUCAUCAGCAGCCCAAGCUGUACCGCUAUCGUUGCGGGCAUUGAUGGCGACGAGGGAGAAGAUGAGCGGAUGGUCGAAAUCUUCCAAAGGGUCCAUCCUGACGGCGUUGUGUUUCGACUGGCUCAACCUCUCUCCGACACUCUGGACCAUCUUGCAACCCUGGCCGAUAUAGAGGUACUCAAUGAUGAGAUUGGGCAAGCAGCCAUCAUGGAGCGUCUGCAAAAUUAUCUACGGGAUCUCCUCGCAGAAGAGCUACUUCCUAGACAUCCUUGCGAUGUCAGAGCAAUAUGCGUUGUUCAGCCGCACCGGUCAAAGAAGGACAUCCUAUUUACAACCCUAACUGUCGCCACAACUAUUGCUCAAGACCAGUGCGCCGAAUUGAUCUUCAGCACCGACUCCGACUCGAUCGUCUCUCCAGGCGCCAUACUUAAGAUGGCGCGCAAGCUUAAGAGCAACCCAAACGUCGGUGGCGUUUCUGGUCACAUGCGAUUCUUCCAUCCCAGGCCAACAUUUAUCACGAAAGUUGCGACAUCGUACUAUUGGUUCCAGCAGGACGUGUAUAAGAUUCAGGGGGCGAUCUUCGGAGCGAACGAAUGCCAACCGGGGCCAUGCGGUGCAUUCCGGGCUACUGCGCUGAACAAGGUGCUGAUCCCUUGGUACUGCCAGCGGGUCCUGGGCCGAAAGAUGAUCACGAACGAGGACAGACACCUGACGACGCGACUCCUUUGGGCAGGCUACAAUGUGGACCACGUCCCAGACGCCGUCAUAUAUACUGACACCCCGGACACCUUCUCGGCCUGGGUCAAACAGCAGGUGCGCUGGUCCAGGGGCACCAUAAUUGAAUCGAUAUGGUAUCCGCGCAUGGUCUGGCGUCUAUCGCCCUGGCACAUCUUCACCAUCCUCAAGUCCAGGUUGAUCCCAAUCCUCAUUUUCUGCAUGGUCCUCAGCUCGGCAAUGACUGGCCGGAGGCUGCUCGCCGGCAUCAUGGACCGCGUCGUCGCCGACAUGGUCAUCACCGUCGACGUGUUCUGCUGCCUUUCGCUCCAGGUGGCUUACCUCGUUUUCCUGGGACCCAAUGAAACACUUAUACAGGAUCUGAUCUGGCUUCUUCCUGCGCUGGUCUGGCUCCUGGUCUUGUCUCCUGGGAUAGUUGUCUGGUCGCUGAUCACCGUCUUUGAUGGGUCUUGGGGAACCCAACCCCGCGCUUUGGCGCGGAAGGCAUCCGACAGCUGCGGUAGAUCUGAUUUUCGACAUACCUCAACUGAGGUUUUGUUUGUUCUCUCAUGGCUAUGCCUGUGCCUUGUAGCUGUUUUACGAGACUACAGCCACAAAGGCGCUGUUGUCUAA